GCUUUGAUUUUUUUUUUCCAGCAUCUGGAUGUGAACUUCUUCCCAAUUUUUCUCCCUCUUCCCGUGCUCGAGAGAUUCUCGAGAGCGUGAUGUUGAAUGUCGUCUGCUUUUGCUUGCUUUGUCGAUGCUCUCUAUAAUCUCUUGUCAUGGCUGUCUGCACUGGUGCCUGGCGGUACUGUGUGUGGUUUGUUCGCAGUGGAUAGAGGGUUUUUUUUUUUGUAUGUGGGCACCAGCUCGGGCAUGCGUAGACCCUUUGCGAGUUUGAAUGAUUACAGGAAGAGUGAAGCUCGAGCUUUUGUAGAUUGAUGUGAUGAAUGUACAGGCAGAUAUGUGGGGGCAUGUAUCUAGUCAAUCGGGCCCUCAGUUGCUUGGGGUGUCCCAGCAAAGUGGCAAUGUUGUCUCGAAUACGGUAGCUGCAGGCGGUGGUGCCCCUCCUGCUGCGUUUGGCGCGGACACGGAUCUUCUCAGAGCUCGGAGCUAUAUGCAAGAGAAGAUCUUUGUUCUCUUAGCACAGCGGCAUCAGCAGCCAAUUAAUGACUCGCAAAUGCAGAAGCUGAAGGAUAUUGUUAUACGCCUCGAAGACGGUCUCUUCAAAUCUUCUCACUCAAUGGAUGAGUAUAUGAAUUUGGACACAUUGGAGUCCCGGUUGCAUAGUUUGAUCAAGCGUCCAUCUCCUAAUAAUCAAAAUCCAGUAAAUCCUAUCUCAAUGACAACGAUGAUUCCAAGUCCUGGAUUGUCGCAUAAUGGCAGUUCGACCAUGACGGCGACAACUUCAGUGGAUGCACCUAUGAGUAAUAUAGCUGGGAGUAGCAGCGUGCAGCCAACGAAUGCAAACACGGGAAGCCUUAUGUCAAACAGAAUUAAUCCAAAGGCAUAUAUAUCGGGGCAUUUAUCUUGUCAAUCGGGCACUCAGUUGCCUGGGUUAUCCCAGCAAAAUGGCAAUGUUGUCCUGAAUAUAGUAGCUGCAGGCACUGGUGCCCUUCAUGCUGCGUUCAGCGUGGACACGGAUCUUCUCAGAGCUCGGAGCUAUAUGCAAGAGAAGAUCUUUGUUCUCUUAGCACAGCGGCAUCAUCAGCCAAUUAAUGACUCUCAAAUGCAGAAGCUGAAGGAUAUCGUUAAACGCCUAGAAGACGGUCUCUUCAAAUCUUCUCACUCGAAGGAUGAGUAUAUGAAUUUGGACACAUUGGAGUCCCGGUUGCAUAGUUUGAUCAAGCGUCCAUCUCCUAAUAAUCAAAAUCCAGUCAAUCCUAUCUCAAUGACAACGAUGAUUCCAAGUCCUGGAUUGUCGCAUAAUGGCAGUUCGACCAUGACGGCGACAACUUCAGUGGAUGCACCUAUGAGUAAUAUAGCUGGGAGUAGCAGCGUGCAGCCAACGAAUGCAAACACGGGAAGCCUUAUGUCAAACAGAAUUAAUCCAAAGGCAUAUAUAUCGGGGCAUUUAUCUUGUCAAUCGGGCACUCAGUUGCCUGGGUUAUCCCAGCAAAAUGGCAAUGUUGUCCUGAAUAUAGUAGCUGCAGGCACUGGUGCCCUUCAUGCUGCGUUCAGCGUGGACACGGAUCUUCUCAGAGCUCGGAGCUAUAUGCAAGAGAAGAUCUUUGUUCUAUUAGCACAGAGGCAUGCACAGCCAAUUAAUGACUCUCAAAUGCAGAAGCUGAAGGAUAUUGUUAUACGCCUCGAAGACGGUCUCUUCAAAUCUUCUCACUCAAAGGCUGAGUAUAUGAAUUUGGGCACACUGGAGUCCCGGUUGCGUAGUUUGAUCAAGCGUCCAUCUAUUAAUAAUCGAAAUCCAGUGAAUCCUAAUUCAAUGACAACGAUGAUUCCAACUCCUGGAUUGUCGCAUAAUGGGAGUUCGACCAUGAUGGCGACAUCUUCAGUGGAUGCACCUCUGAGUAAUAUGGACGGGAGUCGCAGCAUGUAGCCGACGAAUGCAAGCACGGGAAGCCUUAUGUCAAGUGGUGUCACGCAAACA